AGCGGCGUGGCCCCGCCCCCAGACCGUCCCUUCGUUGCGACACCAACUAGCUCGCCCCGCCCACUCCGUACACCUAAGAGGGGCGCAUGACGUAUAUCCGCUAACGUGCAGCCGCCAUCAUUGAUUUGAUCGGCGACGCGGGGCGCGGAAGCUCUUUACACUGCGGUGUUUCCGGUUUCGAGAUGGUCGCCUAAGCCGUUUAGUGAAACUUCUUCCACCUUUCUCCAUUCCUCUAGGUGCUUUUUCUGAACCUGGAUGUGAUGCAUUAAAGGAGCCAACUGAAAUAGAAUUGAAGGCAUUCUAAAAUGGCUAACCGUACAGUGAAGGAUGCGCACAGCAUCCACGGCACCAACCCUCAAUAUUUGGUGGAGAAGAUCAUUCGAACGCGAAUCUAUGAGUCCAAGUACUGGAAAGAGGAGUGCUUUGGCCUUACGGCUGAACUUGUAGUCGAUAAAGCCAUGGAGUUAAGGUUUGUGGGUGGCGUCUAUGGUGGCAACAUAAAACCAACACCCUUUCUGUGUUUAACCUUGAAGAUGCUUCAGAUUCAACCCGAGAAGGAUAUCAUUGUAGAGUUUAUCAAAAAUGAAGAUUUCAAGUAUGUCCGCAUGCUGGGGGCACUUUACAUGAGGCUGACAGGCACUGCAAUUGAUUGCUACAAGUACUUGGAGCCUUUGUACAAUGACUAUCGAAAAAUCAAGAGCCAGAACCGAAAUGGGGAGUUUGAAUUGAUGCAUGUUGAUGAGUUUAUUGAUGAACUAUUGCACAGUGAGAGAGUCUGUGAUAUCAUUCUGCCCCGACUACAGAAACGCUAUGUAUUAGAGGAGGCUGAGCAACUGGAGCCUCGAGUUAGUGCUCUGGAAGAGGACAUGGAUGAUGUGGAGUCCAGUGAAGAGGAAGAAGAGGAGGAUGAGAAGUUGGAAAGAGUGCCAUCACCUGAUCACCGCCGGAGAAGCUACCGAGACUUGGACAAGCCCCGUCGCUCUCCCACACUGCGCUACAGAAGGAGUAGGAGCCGGUCUCCCAGAAGGCGGAGUCGAUCUCCCAAAAGGAGAAGCCCCUCCCCUCGCCGAGAAAGGCAUCGGAGCAAGAGUCCAAGACGUCACCGCAGCAGGUCCCGAGAUCGGCGGCACAGAUCCCGUUCCAAGUCCCCAGGUCAUCACCGUAGUCACAGACACAGGAGCCACUCAAAGUCUCCCGAAAGGUCUAAGAAGAGCCACAAGAAGAGCCGGAGAGGGAAUGAGUAAUGGACUCAGUUUGGUUUUAGUCCACAUGACCUCCUGUGGAUAUGAGGAUAUCUGUCUAUGUGGAAGGAUUAAGAUCUCCCCCAGGCAGCUAUAAGAAUAUUUUAGUUUUUUUCUUAUCAAGUUUCAACGUUUAUUUUUAAUGAAGGAGGUGCUGAGUUUUGUAUCUUUUUAAUCAUAAUCUACAUAAGUUUUUGACCCAACUAACCUUGACUGUAAUCAAACUUAUGAGUAGAAAGGAUCUGGAGGUUGGGGAUAUGAAUGACAAGGAAAGAAUGUGGCCACUGGAUGACCCUUUCCCUUUUUAUUAAACCAGACACACCUGUUUCCCAUUUCUCUGUAGUUUAGUUUUGGUUUGUUGUGGUUGGAACUGCUUUGAGAAUCCUGGGAUUUGUGUUGCUGCUAUUAUUCAAAGAUCAAAGGAGUAAAACAUAGUAGCUCCUAACUUUUUUCCAGCAGCAGCAAGUGGUAAUAAACAUGAAAACUGGUUUGUAGCAGUUUUGAAAGAACAGAAUGCAUUCAAUUGUAAGGCCUCUUCUGGAUCAUUAAAGCCAGUUUCAUCAAACAGUUCAACAGAGAGCGGCACUUAAUACCCUUUAUACAGCCCAUUUUUUCAUAGUUUCAUUUGUUCUUGCCCACAAGCUUGAAAUCCUGGUUAAGGUAUCCGGCCUUUAUCAUAUAAGCAUUGACAUUAUCCAGGCCUAGUCAGUAGCAGUAGGGUAACAGGAUUGAAAAAGAUUUGAUGGAGAGGAAAGUAUCUAAUAUUAGUCAUGGUUUUGACCUAAAUUGCUAGACAGUUGUGCCAUUCACAAAGUCAGAAAAUACAGCAGGAAGAGACAGCUUUUAGAGGGGCAGAGAAUUAGAGGAUUGUGGUAGUAAUGAAAAUGAUGCAUUCAGUUUAACAAGUUUAAUUUGAGAUAGCUAUGGUAUAGCUAAAAACAAAAGCCCAUAAAGUUGGAGAUAGGGGCCAGAGUUUAACAUAGCUAUCUAGGCCAGAAUUGACAAUGUUUAAGUAAGUAAUUGUGGAAUCUGUCAAUAAGACUUCCCAGAGUGUUUAUAUAUAUCAGAAAUGCACACAACAGAACCAUAGGCAACACCAACACUGGUGACAGGAAGAAACAGAAGUCACCUAUUGAAAACUGGAAUGGCCCAUUCAGAAACACAGGAGAAUUAGGAGAGAAUGAGUGAAAGAAGCCAAGGGUCAAGAAUGCAGAAGCAAAGGAAGGACUAAAAAGCCUCCACGGACAUCAAUAAUCAAGAGAUUAUUAAGAUCUUUGCUAGAAGAGUUCCUUUACCUGUACUUAACUCCCUUAAAAAGAGAAAAGUGAUGGAAUGACUUCCUGCAACUGUAGUCCCAGCAGGAAUUGUGAAGACCAGCUGCCCUGCAGGAUCCAGUUUUUCUUGGGAGUCUGUAUCUGGUCAUAAGGUAAACAUUCUAUAUAUUCUAUGCCUGCUCUAGAAUUGAAAGACUUCAGCAGUAUUAAAGCAUUUUUUAAUCUUAUUUGAGCUUUCAUAUUCUUCAGUGAUUCCUUUCAUAAUACCUGAGUUAAUAAAAGUGGUCUGAAAGAGCUCUUACGGUUUCUAAUACAACUAUAUAGGACUACCUUUUAAGAUUAAAUAUAAGCAUCUGUACGUAAAUGUA